AUGGCAUUGCCCAAUAUUGUGAUUAUCAAAUCGGUGGCCAUGGAAAAAUACAUGAGAUGUUUAACUGGAAAGGAGGAGAAGGUUGGGCAAGAGAAUCGAGAAGAAUUUAAAAGGGGUGUGAAAUUACAAGAAGAUAAGGACAUUAGCAGUCCUUUGAUAAAAUUCCAAGUGGUGACAGCCACCUCAAAUCCAGAGUUGGUCCACAUUCGGUGCUGCUACACCAACAAGUACUUGGUCAUGGGGACCACUACUACUUACUAUGACUAUAUUCAAGCCGUGGCUGAGAAUCCCAUAGAAGAUCAAACUUCAAAUGCAUGUACACUAUUCAAGCCUAUUAGGGCUACAGAUGAUGAAUUCAAGGGUGACACACAAAUGUACCGACUUCUACACGUCCGGACUAAGAGAUACCUUAUUUACCGGAUGAUGCCCGACACUCGCAACGAUCACUUGUCCAUUCUCUCCGAGACCCCUAGAACUUAUGCGCCCUUUUUUGAUGUCUUCAAAAUCAUGGAUUUCGGAUCCAUCGUCAUAUUUCCUGAACAAGUCGCAUUCAAACAACAUGGUAGCCAAAGCAAGUUUCUCAACUGCAAAUCCUUCAAUGACCACCCCUACCUGCAGUUCCUCGAUGGAACUGACGAGGGCGACACAAGGGUAGCCAAUGUCAUCACCACCGUUGGUGACGGUUUUGUUCGCAUAAAGAAUCUCUCCACUGGAAAAUUUUGGAGGCGUAGCCCUAACUGGAUCUGGGCUGACUCUAACAAAACUGAGGAUGACAACAGCUCUGAGUUUCGGGACACCAUAUUCUGGCCUGUCAAACUCGGCGAUAAUGUUGUGGCAUUGCGCAGUGUGGCGAACGACCGCUUUUUGAAGGGAAUUACUCAAGAUGGCGUAACAGGUUGCCUUAAUGCCGCAGAAGAAUACAUGACAAAUGAAGUGAAGCUGGAGGUGGUUGAGACCUUGAUUGAGAGGAAUGUCUACGACAUUGAAUACCACACAGAGGUAGCGAAGGUGUAUAAUGUCAUAGAGAAGGAUAUUGUCACAUCUCGCAACACUAGUUACACUAAAGAAGACACUGUCACCCUCAAGUUCUCUCAUAAGAAGUCAAACUCUAAGACUAUUGGAGGCAGUGUUUCCCUCAAGUUAGGUGCCAAAGCAACCCUUAAACUUGACGUGAUACCCACAUUCCUAGGUGGGCAGAUCGAGCUUUCAGCUGAGCUGACAGGGACAGUUCAAUGGGGAACGACCGACUUAACUGAAAAAGUAACCGAAACUAUGAACGCUGUUAAAGUGGCUCCAAGAACUAGAAAAACAGUCACCCUUGUAGCCAAGCAUGGAAUAUGUGAAGUGCCCUUCUCUUACACUCGUCGUGAUUAUCUCCGCAAUAAACGUGCGCCCGAGAUUAAGAGAUUGCAUGAUGGGAUCUACAAGGGAAUCGAUUCCACCGAAAUAGACUACGACACCAAGGAGGAGCCCCUACCAGCUUCUGAUUAA